AUGGCUGCGUUGGUUCAAACGUAUCCUCAGCAGACCAGCACUGUCACCACACUCGAGUCGAGACCCUCUGGCAAUAUGAUCCCCGCACAAGCUCAGGCAAACCAGCAGUACAUGGCUGCCCAGCAAGCACAGAGAAACUUCUCUGGCUCGGGCGUGUAUCGCGGCAGCAACGCUCCGAUCCAGCCAUAUGCCUUCACCAGCACCCCGAGCCUGAAUAACAACGGCCAGUGGCAGCAGUACGGUAGCGGUUACCGCACUUCAUCUUCUCCUGCCGUUCCGACACAGGGCAUGGUUCACGGCCACGACGCAAGCCGAUCGCGUCAUUCCGGAAGCGCUUCAAUGUCCCACGCUGGCUACAACCACGGCAUGGGAACAAGCAAAGGUGGAUCGAGGGACGACUUGGCGAUUCCUGCUGCUCGCACGAACUCGCAGGCCCCGAGACCACAGUCGGCGUAUUUGGCAGGCACCACAACACAACAGCAAAUGGCAUUCGCUCAGACCCCUGGGACUAAGACUACGCCUGAUCGUUACCGGCGCCCGGCUUUACAGCAACAACAAACUCGCCAGGUUAGUGCCCCGUCAGGCUCAGGCAUGGCUACUAUUAGUCAUUUGUACAACGCUCCCGAGCAGAAGAGCGCGUCAGUGCGAGGCCGAACGCCGUCCUACCAGGGCAGGCCAAACAGUGUUUACGGUGCGGCCGAUGACAUGCAAUUAAACCGGCAACAAACCGAGGAUGGCAAGCGUCUCAGGCGGCGCAGCAUGCACUCGCUUGAUUCUGCCGAUUAUCCCAAGCCGCUAACCCCACAGGAAUUCUCUCAUUCGGAAGAAUCCUCCCGUCCCGACCGCCGUCCAACUCCCAAAAACAACGAAAAGACGCUCCGCAUGGUUUCCACCCUCGCACCUCCUGUCGACAACAACAUGCAUGCCCGUAAUGGCAGCGCCGAAAGCCUGGCAUCAAGCCGAAGCAGCCAUUCACGCCCAUCGUCGUCUGCCAACCGCAGCGUACCCACCCCCACGGCCAACCCCUCUUCCUCUUCGACUUCUUCCAACCCGGAUGAUGGCUCAUUGAAACAAGAUUAUCCCAAACUUGUCAACAUCCCGCCUCGAAGUUCAUCAUCAGAUGCGGCCAAAAGGCAGUCAACGCCUUCUCCCCUCUCCAAGCCGGUGACCAUGGCGACCGACACAAGUCCCCAAAAACCACCUUCCUCUCUGGGCAAUGCACCGCAGCAGGCGUCGGCGCAGGGCGCGCCCACAUCCACCACGGCCAACGCUAGCAGCCCCGCCGCCCAGCAGUUGGCAGCGAUUAAUCAAAAGAGCACGAGGUCGAAAAGCAAGACGUCGCGAUUGCGCAGAGCCUUUUCGUUUGGCAGCGCGGCCGAUUUCAAAAAGGCUGCCGGUCCCGAUGCCGCACCUUCCGAAGCCAGCAACGCGGCCGACCCGUCCCGAUUGCACAAGGACCCGACGGCUACUGACAUCUACGAUGCCGAACAAGCCGCUAUUGUCAAGAAGCAGGAGGAGGGAGGAAUCGGAAACAACAUCUACGGCGGACGACUAUUCUCCAACUCGACGGACAACCUGUCAAUCUCUUCGACGGCGUCGUCUGCCUCCAUCAUGAUCCGUAAGAUGGGUCGUGGCAUGAAAAAGAGUACACGAAACCUGGUUGGCCUGUUCAGACCCAAAUCUGUGAUUGGCGUCCCAGCAGCUGAUGCGCUGGCUCCGGAAGCCAGCCAGGCCGCCGUGUCUAUGAUCACCGUCGAGGCCGAAAGGAUCAACGUCAAUGCGGAUCCUCGUGCGCAGACCGGUGGCGGCACUGGGUUUCCCCAUUUGGAGCGAAACUCGCUUGAUAUCUCCAACACUCCCAGCAUGGUAUCCGAACGCGCUGGAAGUUCUGGCACCGAUAGUGCUGGGCGAAAGAGCAUUGUUGGCGGUGACAAGGAGCGCGCCGAGGUGCUUGCAGCUGUUAGGAAGGGGAUUCUGAAGCACAACAACAACCGAUCAGCUAGCCCUGCUCGCGAGCGCAUUUCCAACUUUGAGCUUCCUGCGAUUCCCAGCAUCGCCGACUCGCCCAUUUCCACCGCCCCGAGCACGCCGAAUGAUGAGGCCCAGGGCCACAAGCGAUCUGGAUCCGUAGCUAUUGGCACUGAGGACUACUUCAUGACUGCUCUCCGACUUCGUCAGGACAGUAAGAGUGCCCCGGGAACGCCUUCGGGAUCGGCCAAGAGAAACGCAACCUUUUCGCCAAGGAUCAUCUUCCACGACACAUGGCCGAGUGGCGAGUACGACCGUCGGGGUGAUAUCGCAACCUGCAACCGCCUCACGCCAAUGUUGGCUCAGCAAAUCAAGGAAGAACUAAACACGUUCAAGAUGGUAUGCCGACACUGA